AUGACAGUUAAGUACAGUUGUAUUUGUUGGGCAUGUUCAGUUGAAAAGAAAUCGUCGUCAUCGUCGAACGAACGUCGUCGAUCCGAAGAACUGCUUGCAAUUUUAUAUCACCACAAGUUCCCGGUCAACUCUACGCCGCAUAUUUUUUUUCAAUUAAUUUUUAAUAAAAUUAGUUUUCAAUUUAACUUGUUCUAUCAGUUGAAUUCACUACCUCGUUUAGAGUGUGUCACAUAGAUUUUUGAACAAGAAAGAGAAGCGCGAAAUACAAGAAUUCUUUGAUCGAUUUCCAAAAAAAAAUUCCCACAGCAACUCUCAAGAAAUUUAAUACAAAACAAAAAAAGCCAGAUAAAAAAACCUUGAGAUUUUGCCAACGCGAUAAAAAGUUUGUAUCUUUCAUCAUUAAUUUUUUACUGUAAACCACACGCAAAACUAAAAACUUAAAUAAACUGAAAUAAGAAGGAGCCAUCAAAGACUUCAUCAAGGAUACAAUCCACUUUCAACAAUGGAUAACGCAUCGGUAGCAACAGCAGCUUCCGAUGAUAGUGUUGCUGGCAUUGCAUCGGCAUAUUCAUCACAGAAAUUAAUGCCAACUGAUAGUAAUAGUAACAGUUCCGAGGAGAAUAUGUUGCAACCAGUUCGAAUUGCAAAUACACGAUCGAGUGUCAGUUGCAUGGAAUGGUUUACAGUUGGUGUAUUGUGUUUUGUUAAUUUAAUCAAUUAUAUGGAUCGAUUUACGAUAGCAGGCGUGCUCACAGACAUACAAUCAGACUUCAAGAUCGGCGACGAUGAUGGCGGUCUCUUGCAAACUGCCUUCGUCCUUUCCUACAUGAUCUGCGCACCAAUCUUUGGAUACCUUGGCGAUAGGUAUUCGCGCAAAUGGAUAAUGGCGAUUGGUGUACUGCUAUGGAGUACAACGACUAUUCUGGGAUCGUUUAUGAAUAAUUUCGGUUGGUUUAUCACGUUUAGGGCGUUGGUGGGGAUUGGUGAAGCAUCCUACAGUACAAUAGCUCCAACAUUGAUAUCUGAUUUGUUUGUGAAUGAAUGGAGAUCCAAAAUGUUGGUGUUGUUUUAUUUUGCAAUUCCAGUUGGAUCUGGUCUGGGUUACAUUGUCGGUGCCGAAACAGCUGCCUUUGCUGGAUCAUGGCGAUGGGCACUUCGUGUAACACCCUUCCUCGGAAUCAUCGCCGUCGUACUAAUAUUCCUCAUCAUCGAUCCAGAACGUGGCGAGAGUGAAGGAUCCAAUCACCUCGAGACCACAACCUACACCGAAGAUGUCAAGGAUCUAGUCAAAAAUCGUUCCUUUAUGCUAUCGACAAUGGGUUUUACAUGUGUCACUUUUGUUGCUGGUGCUUUAGCGUGGUGGGGACCAAAAUACAUUUAUCUAGGACUUCGUAUGCAACCUGGAAAUGAAGGAUUAACCCAAAAAGACGUAUCGUACCAAUUCGGUUUGAUAGCAAUGACAGCUGGAAUAGCUGGUGUACCUUUGGGAUCAUUUUUGUCUCAAUAUUUCCGACGAACUAUUCCAAAUUGUGAUCCUUAUAUAUGUGCCUGUGGUUUAUUGCUAUCAUCGCCAAUGGUUUAUUUGGCACUGAUACUGCCAAGGACUAGCUCAUUUAUGUGCUACUCGUUUGUAUGGCUGGCACAGAUUACUUUAAAUAUAACCUGGUCCAUUGUUGCUGAUAUACUUUUGUACGUUGUGGUGCCAACAAGACGAUCAACGGCAGAAGCCUUCCAAAUUCUCAUUUCACAUGCAUUUGGUGAUGCUGGAAGUCCAUAUCUAGUUGGAGUGUUAUCUGAAGCAAUUAAGAAGCACUUGAGAAAUUCAGCCCAUACAACCAGUGCGUUUGUUAGCAAUGGAUUGGAGAGUUUGUCGCUAUCACUAGAAAAUGCUACAACAACUGAGAUGGCAACGUUAGCAAUAAAUCCUCUUCCUUCAAUUAUUGUUGAUGAGGAUACAAAUCUAACAAAAUUCGAAGCAUUACAAUAUGCUUUGUUUUCAACCAGUUUUGUUGAAGUUAUUGGUGGUAUUUUCUUCCUAUUAACAGCGGCGUUCAUUAUUAAGGACAAAACGAAAGCUAGUCAGGCUGUAAUAGAUAGCCAAAUUGCAGCACAAAGCCAAAUGCCCAUGAAUAUUGAACAGAUGUCAUAAGUUACUGCAAUCCAUCCUAAAAAGAAAAUUAGCUGUAAGAUGCAUGAAAAACACGUGCCUAUGCAUACACAGUAGUCUUACAUUAUAUGCAUCUUAAGAAGUAUAACGUAGGUUAGAAGUUACAAAAAGUGCACUCUCUUACUAAAUCUACUAAAAAAACUCAUUCUGAUUUUGUUUUUUUUUUUGCAAAGAUGUUUUCCUUAGUCACGGUAUAAAUAUGCUUUAUAUCAUUAUAAUAAUUAAGUUACGUGACAGCGUUCUAAUAUUAUAUAAUUUUAGUAUUAAGUAUACAUACACACAUAUUGUAAAUAUGGUUCAUAAUGAAAUCAUUUAAAUGUAAUUUAAAAUAAAAUAUCCACAAACAAGACAAUCUUGUCGAUAUAUUGAAAAGAAACAAUUAUCCAAAGUCUAUGUCCUAUGUCGUCCUGUUUGUGGUAAGAUGAAAAAAAUAAAAUAAAUGAUUGCUCAAUAAAUAAAAAUCAAUUAUUCCAAUUUGCAUAAAUCUUACCUCUGUCUCGUAGGUAACAUGCAAAUAGAUAAUAAAAUAAAGAAA